AUGCCUGCGAUGGACGUCGAGAAUACCAUGAGCGCACUGGAUGUGCAGCGCUCGCCGCCUAUGAAGAUCAACUCCCCGCGACUUGCGCAGCGGGAUGCUCCGGUGCAGGAAGAGGUCCCUAUUCCCAAGCUGGACCACGAUGCGAUUAAGGAGAAAGCCAGGAAGCGCAAGAAGAACAAGAAGAAGGGCAUGCCGCCAGCGGCACCUGCGGUCAAUGUGAUCAAGGGCUUCCAGACCCCCGUGACAUCUGGCGGCGAGGAGUCAGAUGCUUCUGCGGUGGGUACACCAAGGUUCGGCGCAACCAGAAUGCAGGAUUUCUCCAGCGUCACUUCUAGCCCGGCGAUCAGGCCGGCGACUCCAGGUAAUGGUGUCAGCGCCCUCAAAGCGCGCCUUGAUGCUCUUGCGCUAGACGGUGAGGACACUCGACCCAAUCUGGCUCGUGUCAUGACCACCAGAUCGAAUGACGGCAGCGGCGAGGUGACGCCUUCAUCUCGUGGCAGCGAUGGCGACAAAACUGAGAUGGAGUCUUACGACGUUCCCCUUGACCAGGACUUCGUCUCUCCAGACGCUGGAAGUCGCACCCCUCUCUAUGCAUCUCGCGCGAUCGAAGGAGGUCUGCGCACCGAGACCAUCCAUCGCAAGAUGUGCGCGGCCGACUUUGAGCCACUGCGAUGCCUGGGAAAGGGAGCAUUUGGGACUGUGCACUUGGUCAAACAAGCUGCGACUGGACGUCUCUACGCUCAGAAGCAAUUCAAGAAAGCCAGUCUUACCGUGCACAAACGCUUGAUCGAGCAGACCCGUACCGAGCGUACCAUCCUCGAGUCUGUCAACAGACACCCAUUUGUGGUCAAGCUGUUCUAUGCCUUUCAGGACCAGGAAAAGCUCUAUCUUAUCUUGGAAUACGCACAAGGUGGCGAGCUCUUCACCCACUUGGCUAUGGAGCGCAUGUUCCCUGAGGGUGUUGCUUCAUUCUACAUGGCUGAAAUGGUCCUCGCGUUGGAGCAUUUGCAUCAGAACGUUCGCGUCAUCUACCGCGAUUUGAAGCCGGAGAAUUGUCUGCUCGAUGUUGAGGGUCAUCUUCUCCUCACCGAUUUCGGGCUCUCCAAAGUCGCCCUCGAUGGCGAGGAUGAGCGUGCCAACAGCGUCCUAGGCACGAUUGAAUACAUGGCACCAGAAGUCGUUGAAGGCAAGGCGUACGACUUUUCAGUCGACUGGUGGAGUCUUGGGGCUAUCGGCUUCGACCUCCUAACUGGAAGCCCGCCCUUUGGAGGCAACAACCACGCCAGGAUCCAACAGAACAUCCUCAAGCAGAAGUUGCAGCUGCCCUACUUCCUCGGACCUGAUGCCAAGGAUCUACUUACCCGUCUCCUGCGCAAGGAGCCAAGCAAGCGCCUGGGUGGUAGCACGCUCAAGGAUGUUAAGGUCCUCAAGUCGCACCGGUUCUUCAGGAAGAUUGACUGGAAGAAACUCGAGAAGCGAGAGCUGGAGCCGCCCAUCCAACCGCUCGUAACCGACCCCGAGCUCGCCGAGAACUUCAGCAAGGACUUCACUGAUCUGCCGCUGAGUCCAGUGUUCACGCGCGGCAGCAAGCCAUUUGACGACUUCCCCUCGUGCCCCCAACCGGAGAGCAACCCAUUCGGUGGGUUCAGCUUCGUGGCAAGCAAGAGUCUGCUCGACGGGGAUGACUUCAUGUUGGACGCUUGA